UGUUUGGUUUUAAGCCAGCUUUUCCCCUUCCCUCCUUCAUCCUCAUCUUAAGAGACUCUUUAGUUUCUCUUUGCUUUCUCCCAUUAGAAUGGUAUCAUCCAUGUAUGUGAGGUGGUUGAUCUUUUGAUCUUUCUCCCACUUAAUCUUUUUUUUUCUUUAAUGCAUUUUAUUUUUCAUUUAUUUAAUUUAUAAUUGAAGGAUAAUUGCUUGAUAGAAUUUUGUUGUUUUCUGCCAGAUAUCAACAUGAAUCCCACUUACCUUGAUUCCAGCUUGUAACUCAUCCAGCCUGGCAUUUCUCAUGAUGUGUUCAACAUAUAGAUUGAACAAACAGGGUGACAGCUGAGAGCCCUGUCGUACUGCUUUCUCAGUCUUGAACCAAUUAGUUGUUCCAUGCAGGAUUCUAACUGUUACUUCUUGAUCCACAUACAGGUUUCUACCAUACAGAAUUACCAUACUUUAAAUGUACUAUGCUUAAAAAAAGAUUACUCUUAUAGAAAGUAACUCAGAAAAUCUCAGACAUUUCCAAAUCCUGUACCAUGAAUUAUUCUUAGUUCAACAUUAAAUUAAAAUUCAAAGACAAUUGUAAAGUAUUUCAGAGAAGAUUAUAUCAUUAGAUUGUGUAGUCAACAUGUACUUUUUCAAAUCGUUAAGACUGCCUUGUUUAAUUGCUUAACGGGGACUGUGUAUCACAGCUCCUAAAAUGAAGCCGACUCACAAUGUCUGCUUCAAAGUUAUAAACAAAUAUAGGAGAAAGUUUCAUGAAUAUUUGAAGACCAGAAGUUAGCUUAUCAACAAGUGAAGUGAUGGCAUUCAUAAUGCAAGCAAAUAAGGAAACUUUAUAGCUGAGGUGUCAGAUUGGCUUUGUCUCAAGAAAGACCACAGUUCAAGACGAUUGAUAUUAUUUAUGUUGCAAUUGUUUGUGCAUUUAGAAAUCAAUAAGAGUGCGAGGUUUUGGCGGCCAUGGCUCCCAACGUGCCUGCAGCCGAACCGGUCCCGGAGUCUCCUAAAGGCAUCCAGGCUGUGCUCUUAGGGCCACCCGGAGCUGGCAAGGGUACCCAGGCACCCAAAUUGGCUGAAAACUUCUGUGUCUGCCAUUUGGCUACCGGAGACAUGCUGAGGGCCAUGGUGGCUUCCAGCUCAGAGCUGGGAAAGAAGCUGAAGGCGACUAUGGAUGCCGGGAAGCUGGUGAGUGAUGAAAUGGUUGUGGAGCUCAUUGAAAAGAAUUCGGAGACCCCUCCAUGCAAAAAUAGUUUUCUUCUAGAUGGCUUCCCUCGGACUGUGAGGCAGGCAGAAAUGCUUGAUGACCUCAUGGUGAAGAGGAAAGAGAAGCUUGAUUAUGUGAUUGAAUUCAGCAUCCCAGACUCUCUGCUCAUCCGGAGAAUCACAGGAAGACUGAUUCACCCCCAUAGUGGCCGCUACUACCACGAUGAGUUCAACCCCCCAAAGGAACCAAUGAAAGAUGGUAUCACUGGGGAACCCUUGAUCCACCAAUCAGACGAUAAUGAGAAGGCCUUGAAAAUCCGCCUGGAGGCCUACCACACUCAAACCACCCCGCUGGUGGAGUACUACAGUAAACGGGGGAUCCACUCCGCCAUCAGUGUGUCCCAGACCCCUGACGUCGUGUUUGCAAGCAUCCUAGCAGCAUUCUCCAAAGCCACAUCCCAGUAAGAAGGCCAGGCGAGACUGCACCACUGCUCAUCACCCCAUGCAUGAUCCCUGCUCUUAGGUGCUGGGCACAGGGAGGGGCGGUCAGGGUAAGGAUGGGGGCAGAGGAGCCGUGAGGGCCCAAGACGGGGAGAGGAGCUGUGUUGCCGUGAAGCAGUUUCUUUUACGUGGAGUAGAACUCUUAAAAAUAUAAGCAAAGAGGGAUGGUGUGGGGAGGGAGGAGGGAGGAGGGUUCAGGAUGGGGAGCACAUGUAUACCUGUGGUGGAUUCGUUUUGAUGUUUGGCAAAACUAAUACAGUGUUUGAGGUUUAAAAAUAAAAAUUAAAAAAAUAUAUAAGCAAAGAGGAAAAUGAAGUUUUUAAAACGAUUGGAGGGUAUAAAUAGAAACAAGGAGAUGUAAUAUUAUUUCUAAGGAAUCAUGUUUUCAUUUACUUUGGUCUGGUGACAACUGGACAGGUCUCAGUGCCCUGAGACCUCAGCUUUUUAUCAGAACCUCAUGCCAGCCCAGGAAUGCAGGAAAUCACACUGUUGUCCCAUAGCUUGGAACAGGACAGGAGUUGAUUACUAAUCCUGGUUACCCAUACCAUGAAAUCAGAACAUCAUCUCCCCACGUGAAAGAGACAUGGAGUGUGUUCCUGGGGGCGGCGUCUCAACAAAUCCAGCUUACUGGAGUCAUGGGGCAGGCUGGUGUCCCUCCCUUCCAUACUCAACACUGAUUUAUCAGCCCACCUGCCCUCACGGAUGAGCCCUUGGCAGCCACCCAGCAUACGCCACAGUCCUGCGCUCUUGCCUUCCUCCAUACACAUCGUGUGAAAGGAUUCUUUUUAAUGAAUGAGCAAGUGUCCUAAGCAGCAUUAUCCAAAGACUUUCCUUUCCAUCCUCAAAUCCUAUGACUGGGAUCAUUCUACAACACUGUGAUGUAUUAUUUUCAAUGAGGUGCCUUUCUUAACUGUCCAAAUGCUGCCUUGUUCGGCCCCUAAAUAAAGUGUGUUAAAAGUUUG